ACAUGAGGGGAAUGACUGUGCCACUAAAAAGGAAGUGCUCUGUUCCUCUUCUCUCUCUCUCUCCAACCUCAUUUCUCUUCGUGUCCAUGGAGGCUGCUUAAAAACCCUAACAGAUUUUCUUCCAAACGGAGAUCAUUGAUCCACUAGUAAAGAAGCAAUCAUCUCUGUAUCUUCUUCUAACGAGAAGAAAUCGAUCAAUAGCCUUUUCUUACUCCAGCUUUAGAGACGAGCUGAUCCUGUGAUCUCCAAAGACGUUUGAUUUUUGAUGAGAUUAAAAGCGACUAGGAUUGAUCUUGAAAAUGGAAACGCUAAUCUUAGCUGCAGAACAUGGGAAGAAAACUGUUGGACGACAUAGUGAUGGUUUUAGAUCGAAAACGUUAAGGCAAAUCAAUUGCAGAACAUUCCAUUAUGGAUAUGGAGUGGGUUUGCUUCCAAGGCCAAAGAGAACCUCUUUAACCAAAGGACCUCUUCCUCAGGCUCCUUGCGGUAGAGGCUCUCAGAGCCGUUGUGAGUUUGUUGAGAAAAGGAGAAGCCUUUCUUACUCUGAGCUUUGGGCAGGUCCUACUUACUCCAACUCUCCUCCACCUACUUCUCUCCCCAUUCCUAAGUUCUCUCUCAGGCAAAAGAGGACCGUUUCUUUGAGCUUCCCACCUCCCCAAGCUGCCAAGUCUGCGCCUGUUUCUCCAACCUCUUCUGCUGAUAACCCUUUUCACACUACUGUCUCUGCCACUGUGACACUGCGUCGCAUGCUCAACCUUGACCAUGAAUGAGAAUAUCACGAGUCUUUAGGUGGGGCAACAGGGGUUAGUUUUAGUUUUAGUUUUCUGCAAUACAUAAAUAAGUAGCUGGUUUGAUUUUCUUUAGUAGCGUCUGAUGGUGGUGGUAAAGGAACAACGUGGAAGCAGUCAGUCUUCACAGCAGAGUUGGUCAGUUGUUACUGGAUCUCCUAUCCUAUCCUAUCCUAGGUGGAGCAGAUUGCUAUAGUGAGUAGAAACACUCAGGAAGCGGAUUCUUGGUUUAGCAUUUAGGAUGGCUAGCUAGAAAUCACCAGUCUCUAUCUAACAUAUAUACCCUGGGUUGGUGACUGCUAAGUUCUUAGGGCAUUUCCUCUUUUCCCUUUGUAUAGGUUUCUCUUUUAGAGUCUUGGCUUCUUUUCUUAAGUGGGUUAGUUAGCAACUAGGUUCCUGUCUCUAUUCUUCCAAGUUGCAACAUCUUUUGGUGGUCUUAAUCUUACCCUUCCUGCUUUGUCUCUCUCCUUGUUCAUAUCUUUUCUUUUCAUCCUUCUGAGUCUUCUUUUCUUUCGUUUAUGUCCAGCCUUAAAUCCUUGCUACUUGUGUUUAGUGGUCUUCCUCUUCAACCCUUUCCUGAUUUUUUUUUUUGUAAAAGGAAGAAGGGAAUAGGAAACUUUUUCUUGUGACCAACCCUCUUGAACUGUCUCUAGUCUACUGGUAAAUAUUCAUCCAAAUGUUUCUGGCGAUACUUCUUCUGAAGACAAAAGACAUUCCUCAGGCUCUUCUUGAUAAUAGUGUUACCUAGACUACUUUAAAAGUUUCCUUGGAGUUUCGUGAUCCUGCCUACUCUGCUCACCAGGGGCUUAUAGAAGCUGCUACUCCGCUCUGCUCCGUUGUUGAUGCUUUUGAUCAUAGUUCCUUUGUCUCUACUAUCUUUUGGUUUUCUUGUUUUAGUUACGCAGUGACAAGUAUUGUCUCAGUGUUUGGACCUCUGCUUUCCAAAAACACAUAUGUUUCUCCUUGUCUUUGUGUAAAGUUUGUGGCAGUGUUGUAGGCAUUUUGGUAUCUGGUACUGAGUUUUAAUGGUGAAGGAGCUGUAUCCCUUGUUCCCUAUAA